AUGAGAUUAGAGCAUGGUUGUGAGAUUACUUAUUGGCACGCUUGGGAAGCUCGUGAGUUUGCUAUUGCAGCUGCUAGAGGUAUACCAGAUCGUAGUUAUUCUAAAAUACUAGCAUAUUUACAUAUGAUUAAAGAAGCUAAUCCUGGUACGCAUACUCACUAUGAAACUAAUGAGAAGGGAAGAUUCAUGUAUCUAUUUAUGUCGUUUGGGCAAUCAGUUAGAGGAUUCUACAAUGCAAUGCAAAGGGAGAUUUUUAUUUAUGGAACUUUUCUGAAAAAAAAAUACAAAGGAGUUCUACUUGUUGCUACUGCUGCAGAUGGUAACUCUAAUUUGUAUCCGAUUGCAUUUGGCGUUGUUGAUUCAGAGAAUAACGAUUCAUGGGGGUGGUUCUUAAGACAGUUGAAAGUGGUUAUUCCUGAUUGUCGAGACCUAGCUUUUGUCUCAGAUAGAAAUGAGUCUAUUGCUAAAGCGAUUGGGAUUGUCUACCCUCAAUUAGCACAUGGAAUUUGCAUUCAUCACUUGUUGACCAAUGUGGUUGCAUUUUUCAAGACAAAAGGGUUGACUGCCUUGGUCGAAACGGCUUCACGAGCAUAUAGGUACACUGAAUUUCAGGAACGUAUCACCGAAGUUUUUGAUUUGAGUCCUGAGCUUGGAAGAUAUCUACGGGAGGCUGAUGUGCGUAAAUGGGCUCGUUCUCUCUUCCCUUGCUCCAGGUAUGACAUUAGGACCACGAAUCUUGCAGAGUCGAUAAAUUCAGUUCUAAGAACACCUAGAGAAUAUCCGAUUAUUCCUUUGCUAGAUAGUAUAAGAGAAAUGUUGACUCGAUGGUUCUAUGAGCGUCGCUUGUUAAGAUCAAAGCAUCUUGAUCCUUUAACCGCUAAGAUGGAGAGAAAGAUUGAUAGGAGAAUUGUGAAGGCAAAAGGAUUCCAAGUUUACAAGGUUGACAACUUGAGAUCGCUUGUGAAAGGAGAUAUAUAUGAUUUUCAUGUUGAUUUGGAAAGAAGAACAUGA